GACCUUGUUCGUGGCGACCAUACCGUACGAACAGCGCAUAUAUCCCCCACUCUAGCACGUCUUCCACGUUCGCGAUGACUACGACGAUCACCGGCUACUCCGCUUUCUUCUCCUCGGGCCUCCUCGCGCCCCCGCGCAAGAACACCCCGGAGCUGCCCUCCUCGCCCUCGGCGUUCCUUCUCAGCUCGCCGCUAGGCCACCACCGCCCGAGCGAGGACGACGACCCCAUGGACGAAGACGCGCUCGACCGCGCGACGACGCCGACACCUGCCCCCGCCUCGCGCCCACCGAACUCGUCAGGCUCUACCAGCAGCACCGCGACGGUCACCUCAGCGCCACGGCUCCGCCGCAGGCGCUCGUCGCUCGCGGGCGCGGCGCAGUUCAAGCUCCCUGCGCCUCGCCCCGCGGUCAACACUGCCGUCGUCGGUCGCAGCCGCAGUGGCUCGGUCGCCUCUCAGACGAACGGGAACGGCACUGUGCCGGUCUCUGACCAGCGUGCUCUCGGCACAGGACGCAAGCGUAGCGACAGCAACGCCCGCGCCACGAGCGACAACUCGCUCAUGGGUCGGCUACGGAGCGGCAGCCUCGGCGGUGCUCUGAGAUCGCGCCGCACACCCCGCUUCAGCUCUCUCGCCCUCGGCCAAGCUAAGCCUCCCCCAUCUGCGCCGUUGCCACCGCUCCCGACGCCGACCAUCUCGGCACCCUCCGCCUCUUCGUCCUUCCUCUCCCCUUGUUCUCCUGCGGACGCCGAUAUGCCCCGCACCGCGCCCUCGACGCAGACCAGCUUCAACCUCGCCCCGCUUCCCGUUCCGGUACCCUCGCCGGCGGGGGGCAGGGCGCGUGGGAUGUCGACCGGUCCGUCUUCCCCCGUCGACCCGUUCUUGGCGCGGAUCAUGGGACGCCGGCCGUUGUUGUCCAGGAGCAACUCCGAGACGCAUCAGGAAGAGGCCGACGAUGAAUAUUUCGGCGGCAAGAGCGUGCACGGCGGCGACGUCCGCAUGAAGGAGAACUGAUGUCGGACUCGACGCGCCCUGGCAGGCUCGGGCGCGAUGCAUAUAGCGCCUCCGCCUUUCUCCCUUGCGGCGACGCGGCGUCACUGACGGACCGGUCUCCGCAAUCCGAAAGCUAGAAGAUCACCAGCAGAAAAAAAACCAAACCUUGUCUGUGCUAUACUGUGCAUUACACAUCCCCCACCGGUACCUUACCUGCCCCAUUCCCGAUAAUACGUCACUCGGCGCAUAUACUCGACGUCUCUUGUCCCCCUCUCUGACCUGCUCGAGUCGGGGCGUUCAUGCUCGAUUAUGAACCCAAGUACGCCACGCGUAUAUGCCACGUCGCACCGACAUAUAUCGAACCCCCUCAACGCCAUGCCUCACCAACCUAUCAUACACUUUCCACCACCACUUCACUGUGCCCUAAUCGCGAUCAUUGCCUUCUUGACACUACCCGUAUAUGCAUCCGUCCAUCCCUGUCCAUCCAACGUUCAUGUUCAGGUGAUAUAUAAUACUAUUCUUCUUUGAUCCUUUGAGUCUUGGACUCCGUUUCUCUUCUUCGUCGCUCCUAUAUAUUAUAUUCGAGUUUAUAUGCUUAGCACCUUACUGCUUCUGACUGCUACCGUCGGCGAGCUGACGAUUUGAGCUCCCUUCUUCCCUUUAUUUAUCUUGUGGCGCCACCAGUUCGCCCCCUUUUUUUGUUUUUGCUUUCGUAUGUUGAC